AGAACAUUCAAAAUGUUUAGCGUUUACGCCCACCGUGUUGCCGCCGUCAAAGACGAAGAGAACGGUGCCGUCAAGAAAGUCACCGAUAGCGUUGAAAAUUACAAUUCGGAAAACAGAUUCGAGCGCACCAUCAUUGUCGCCAAUGACAAUAAGACCGCGAUUCUCCUGAUUUUGCGUCUGAAACAAGACGGAGUGAAAACAAGUGUUUUUACAAACUAUUUGGCGGACGAUGAGAUUGUUUUGGGAGAGCAAAAAAAGGCUUUUGUGGAAGGUGCUCACAAAGUUGCGGUGUGCACCACACAGAUGUUCGAGAAAAUGGAAUUUGAUGUGGUGAAGCAUUACAUCUUCGUAGAUGCUCCAGCCGAGGAGAAGCUUCGUGACCAGCUGCGCCAGAAGGCAGUUUGUGAAGGCAAGAAGAUCCGUGUCGAUCUUGUGAUGUCUGAAUCAUAUGAAGUCUCCGUCAAAGUUGAAGAGAAGCCCGCUGAAGCAUCAAAGCCCAGCCCAAAGCGCAAAUGCUCAUUCGACAUCUACAGUAUCAAACCAAACAAACAAGGAAAGUUUGUGAUUCCGGCAGAAUACAUGGGAUUCGACGAGAGCGCUGAGGAUGAUGAAUAUGAUUCCGAAUAUGAUGACGACGAUUACAAUCCAUUCAAGUGGUUGGGGUUUUAAAGAGUUGUGGAGAUUUGUUUUAAAUUGAUAUCACGUUUAUUUUCUAGGUAUAUGCUUUUAUUUUGUUCGUUGAGUUCAUUUCAAUAAACGACGUAUUUA